GCAGUCCUUUUGACCAUAGGGCUCAGGGGUUCUGGUCAAAAGUAAUGCACAAUAUAAAUCGAUUAUAGUAGAAGAUCACGGCAUUAUUUUUGACGAUAUUAUAUGGAUUCUUUGAGUCCCAAGUAACGAUUCUAUAAGAUAUAUUUUUGCUAGGGUAGUUGGCUAGCGCUAGUCGGCUGUACCUGUUCCAAAACUCCAGUAUUUUUUUCCUCUAUAGGUUGGCCUCAAUCUUAUUUUUAAGUGGUAAGAUGACAUGUUUUCAGCACUUUUAUUGCCAUGAUGGAUCAGCUUUUUUCCCCUCGUGGCUUCUUGUACCUCUGCAGCAGACACCAUGAGCAAUAUGUUUAGAACGUCGAAUCAGAAUAAAACCGAACUGCCGAAUUGCAGUACAUAUAGAAUUGAGAGCGAUAAAUCGUGAUGUUUAUAGAAUGGCAGUCACCGGAGGCUGGUGAGGGGAGGAUGACUCCUAAUUACUGCAAUGGAGUGAAUGUUUGAUAUAUCAAUAAGCUGUUCCAGCCAUGAGCCCGUCCUCCCCAAUUAAUGUGCCACCAACCACCUGUGAUUGCAAUACAUUGUAUUCCACCUAAGUAUUUUGAUACCUCAGGUCCCUGGCAAUUCCCAGUCCUACUAUAGGGGUGUAUAUAGGGACUCUAUUGAAUCUGAUCUUUUGACUUCCAAUUUAUACCAUACCACCUCCAUAUGGGGAUCUCAAUCCUGAUACAAACCCAAUCUGCCAUAUGUGACCUCUGGGUGCUGAGAUCUUAUUUUUUACUGUUUUACAACUGCAGAGGUUUGGCCCUGCCCACUCCCUCCUAAAGUACUUAGUGGUCACACAGGUUCUGUCAAUGACAGACAGUUUUAGAGACAAGGCUCUAUAUCAGGUUCAGGGAAUGAGUCAAUUUCAAUUCUAAUGGAAACUGCAAAUCCAAUUCCUGAGCUGUUUCUACCUGGUCAAUGCCUAUGGUGACUGGAAUCCGGUGUGGCUCAGUUGGUAAGAGCGUUGCAAUAGAAAUACCAAGAUAGUGAGUUCAAUUCCCACAGGUAUUACAUAUAAAGGUGCUUAAGUUAUGCGCUGUACUGUGUGUUUGUAUGUCCUCACUGUUUGUCAAGAGAAACUGUCUGCCUGGGGUAGAAAGGCCUGGGUCCUCUUCAGAAGGGCACACUGUAGCAAAGCGUUUAGCUAUGGAAGAUUGAAACUAAACCUGUUCUUACUGGACAAGUUCAGGUAGCACUGUACCUCUGCGUUUUAAAAUGUUUCUCCCUACUGAACACGACCCAGCUCUGAAUUCUGCCAGAGCUCAAUAAAACCCACUACUCACUGAGGUGAAGAAAGAGUUAAUGAAAGAUGCAAGAACAGCAGAAGUAGGGACCGUUCUGUCUCUGAGCAUGUGCUGCUGCCGUUGUCCUGGCUGAUACUGCAGUGAAGGAAAAUGUGUCCAUUUUCAUUGGACAGUAGUCCCCUCCGGAAUGGUGAAUGAGCCUGUAACUGACGGUCAGACGAUGUCCUGGUUGCGGAUGGUGAUUCUUCGCAUUGUCCGUUGGUCCUGAGGUGCAUUACCGUGGAAUCUACAAACGUGGGCGACAAUCUCCCGACCUACGUUUCUCCUCCACUAGAUAAAGAGCGAGGGGCGGUCACCAUGGUGUAACGGGUGUCGUUGAACUAGACCUGCAGUAUGGCACGCCAAACCAACCAUUAGACCAAGAGGAAAUCCUUGUGGUCUGAGGGCGACAUUUGGGCCUCCACCUCUCAGGCAGGACUGCCUUAUCACGAGGGCGUAAUUCCAAAUCGCAUCCACCGCAAUGGCAAUCCCGGCACCCCCACCUGUGCCUCUGACGGUCCUGUCUCGCUGGUACCUGUACGCCAUCCACGGCUACUUCUGCGAGGUCAUGUUCACCGCCGCCUGGGAGUUCGUGGUCAACCGCAACUGGAAGUUUCCUGGUGUGACCAGUGUAUGGGCUCUGCUAAUCUACGGGACCUGCAUCCUCAUCGUGGAGCACAUGUACCUGGCCCUCCGAGCUCUCCGCUGCCCCGUUCUGCUGCGAUGCCUCAUCUAUACCCUAUGGACGUACAUCUGGGAGUUCGGUACAGGGCUGUUGUUGACCCAGUUCGACGCCUGUCCCUGGGAUUAUUCCCAUUUUCAGUAUAACUUUAUGGGGUUGAUCACAGCGGAGUACGCCCUGCCAUGGUUUUGUGCAUCUUUCAUGACGGAGCGACUGGUUAUACGCAACACGCUGCGAUUACGGAUGGACAGGGACAGGGUGGAAGGGGACCAGUCGGAUGCAGGCGGGGGAGGAGGAAGGAAAGUGUGGGGCGAACAAAGAGGAGCCAAUUGCUAUCUUAAAUUGGACUGAUCAGAGAACAAGGGCAUUUUCUAAUUUGGGAAAAGGCCGUCCUCCACCCUCGCACCUCUGCCCUCUCUUCUGUGACCUGGAAACCGAUAAGUGGUCUAGUGGUCGAGGAGUUUGUCAAUUUGUUAGUAGAAACAUAGAAGACAGUCCUCCCCUCCUCGGUAGCCUCCUUUUGGCAAGGAAGCACAAGUGUAUCAUACCUGAGUCUUUUGCGGAAGAGUUUUCAGAUCUGCCAUACCCGCUUUGAAUCAGCAAUUUUUUUCUCAAAGGAGAAAAUCAUGCAAACAUUUCAAAACGAUAUGCUACUUAUCCUUUUAUCUUGCACGACUGGCUAAAAUGUCUUGCACGACUGGCUACAUUUUGUUUUGAUCACUUUAUACAUUUAUUUGGGGAUUGCACCCUUUAAAAGUGAUUUGCUUGAUGACUCAUGAUUGGAGAAGGAGAGUCUAAGGGCAUUUUCAUCCACAUUCCCUCUCCUCGCCACCUCUCCACGAUUACCUUUGACCUUUUCCAAAAGGAGGCCAGAGAGGACGGAGGAGAGAGGACACGGGAGUUGAGCAAAUCCAAUUGAGAAAAGGCCACUGAAUCUGAAUCACUCUGGAAUCCCACUCAAGCACUAAAACAUUGUAUGGAAAUGUAUAAUAAUUUUUUAAAAAUUAAAUACAUAAGUACUGUAUUUCUGUAUAGCUUCAAAAGCAAUCUGAAUAAGGUGCUAUAUGCAAUAUGUUCAUAAUUCAUUGCAAUGGAGAAUGAUUUUCUACAGUUAGUGAUAACCCACAAUAUCUGGAAAAGGUCUGUAUGCACUGUAGUCUGUUUAAAACAUUUUUUUUACUCAUAAAGUAUUUGCCUAUUGAGAAAUUAGGUCUCAGGUAACUUACUCAAUGAACUGUGUGCUAUUUCUACUGUAUAUCUGUUCUUCCAAAUGAAAGACAAAUCCGAUUUUCAUGUGAUGUAGUCAUUCACUAUUAGCCAAGGAUGUUGUCACCACACUGAAAGAGCUGCUGCCGCCUUGUGGACUUGAGAUGAUACUGCAUCUGAACACUUAAUCUGAAGUCUCAAAAAUAGGACUAUAGUGAGCUGUAUUCCUCCCAGAUAUAUCUUUGGUUUUGCCCUAUAAUGGCCCUUGCUUGAUGGCCUCUGGUACUGUUUUGAUGAUGCAAAAUAAUCGAUAAUAGAUAAUAGUUUAUCUCAAACCACAAAGUGGAUUCAAAAGCAAUACAUUAAAGGCCCAAUGCAGCCAUUUUUAUCUCAAUAUCAAAUCAUUUCUGGGUAACAAUUAAGUACCUGACUGUGAUCGCUUUGAAUGAAAAUGGUCAAAAAGAAACAAAACGAGCUUCUUAGUAAAGGGUAAAUUUCUCAAGCAAGAAUUUCGCUAGGACUGUCUGGGAGGUGGUCUGAGUGGGGAGGGGGAAACUGAAAACGAGUUAUUGGCAGAGAUUUGGAACUCUCUUUCUUAUUAGUUUAUUAACUAAUUUACCGCCUAGUGAUGUCACGUUGGAGGGCCAGAACUCUAUCCCACCAAAACAGACAAAAACUUCAGGCAGUCUUUUCAAGCAUAUCUUACACUAAAAGGGCAUUAUCAUCAUUUUCACAUUUUCACAGUAUUAUUCCAGUCUCAUAGUGUGAAAAUAUAUAUAAAACACAUUUUUGACUGCAUUGGGCCUUUCAGCAAUGAUUAUAUGAAUCCUUAACUCAACAUAGAAGUCUGUAGUUUGACUACCGUCUACCAGUAUAUAACUUUGCGCAGAUAAUGUCUUUAUUCAAAAAUGUACUGCUUUGAUGAGUGUUUAUUUCCAAAACUACUAUAUAUAUAUAUACUAUAUCCACCAAUUAUUCACAUUUGUGUUUUUUCAUCAGAAAUUAUUGCUAAUGGGUACCUUCAUGUGUGUGUAAAAUAUUACUGUUCUCAAAUGUUUUUAAUCAUAGAUUUGUGUAUGAUUUUUUUUUUUUUUUUUUUUUUUGCAAAACUCUAUACGGUGAGUGUUCAAAACAGGAACACCUUCCUAAUAUUGAGUUGCACCCCCUUUUCCCCUCAGAACAGCCUCAAUUAUUUGGGGUAUAGACCAUACAAGUUGGGAAAUUGUUCAGACCCCUUGACUUUUUCCACAUUUUGUUACAUUACAGCCUUAUUUUAAAAUGGAUUAAAUAGAUUUUUCACCUCAUCAAUCUACAUACCCUACCCUAUAAUGACAAAGCAAAUACAGGUUCUUAGAAAUUUUUGCUAAUUUAUACAAAACGAAAAACUGAAAUAUCACAUUUACAUAAGUAUUCAGACCUUUUACUCAGUACUUUGUUGAAGCACCUUUGGCAGCGAUUAGAGCAUCGAGUCUUCUUUGGUAUGACGCUACAAGCUUGGCAUACCGGUAUUUGGGGAGUUUCUCUCAUAUUCUUCUCUGCAGAUCCUCUCAAGUUCUGUCAGGUUGGAUGGGGAGCGUUGCUGAACAGCUACAGUGGAAGUUGGGAGUUUACAUACACUUUCGUUGGAGUCAUUAAAACUCGUUUUUCAACCACUCCACAAAUUUCUUGUUAACAAACUAUAGUUUUGGCAAGUUGGUUAGGACAACUACUUUGUGCAUGACACAAGUCAUUUUUGCAACAAUUGUUUACAGGCAGAUUAUUUCACUUAUAAUUCACUGUAUCACAAUUCCAGUGGGUCAGAAGUUUACAUAUACUAAGUUGACUGUGCCUUUAAACAGCUUGGAAAAUUACAGAAAAUUUGAGUCAAUUGGAGGUGUACUUGUGGAUGUAUUUCAAGGCCUACUUUCAAACUCAGUGUCUCUUUGCAUUGACAUCAUGGGAAAAUCUAAAAGAACUCAGCCAAGACCUCAGAAAAAAAUUGUAGACCUCCACAAGUCUGGUUCAUCCUCAAUCCAAGAACAACAGCAAAGGACCUUGUGAAGAUGCUGAAGGAAACAGGUACAAAAGUAUCAAUAUCCACAGUAAAAUGAGUACUAUAUCGACAUAACCUGAAAAGCCUCUCAGCAAGGAAGAAGCCACUGCUCCAAAACCGCCAUAAAAAAGCCAGACUACGGUUUGCAACUGUCCUCUGGUCUGAUAAAACAAAAAUAGAACUGUUUGGCCAUAAUGACCAUUGUUAUGUUUAGAGGAAAAGGGGGGGCUUGCAAACCGAGGAACACCAUCCCAACCGUGAAGCACGGGGGUGGCAGCAUCAUGUUGUGGGGGUGCUUUGCUCCAGGAGGGACUGAUGCACUUCACAAAAUAGAUGGCAUCAUGAGGAUGGAAAAUAUGUGGAUAUAUUGAAGCAACAUCUCAAGACAUCAGUCAGGAAGUUAAAGUUUGUGACCCCAAGAAUACGUUUGAAGUUGUGGCAAAAUGGCUUAAGGACAACAAAGUCAAGGUAUUGGAGUGGCCAUCACAAAGCCCUGACCUCAAUCCCAUAGAAAAUUUGUGGGCAGAACUGAAAAAGCGUGUGCGAGCAAGGAGGCCUACAAACCUGACUCAGUUACACCAGCUCUGUCAGGAGGAAUGGGCCAAAAUUCACCCAACUUGUUGUGGGAAGCUUGUGGAAGGCUACCCGAAACGUUUGACCCAAGUUAAAACAAUUUAAAGGCACUGCUACCAAAUACUAAUUUAGUUUAUGUAAACUUCUGAUCCACUGGGAAUGUGAUGAAAUAAAUAAAAGCUGAAAUAAAUCAUUCUCUCUACUAUUAUUCUGACAUUUCACAUUCUUAAAAUAAAGUGGUGAUCCUAACUGACCUAAGUCAGGGAAUUUUUACUAUAAUUAAAUGUCAGGAAUUGUGAAAAACUGAGUUAAAAUUUAUUUGGCUAAGGUGUAUGUAAACUUCCGUAAACUGUAUUUUCAGGUCUCUCCAGAGAUGUUCCAUCGGGUUCAAGUCCGGCCUCUGGCUGGGCCACUCAAAGACAUUCAGUGACUUGUCCCGAAGCUACUCUUGCGUUGUCUUGGCUGUGUGCUUAGGGUCAUUGUCCUUUUGGAAGAUGAACCUUCGCCCCAGUCUGAGCUCCUGAGCACUCUGGAACAGGUUUUUGUCAAGGAUCUCUCUGUACUUUGCUCAGUUCAUCUUUGCCUUGAUCCUGACUAGUCUCCCAGUCCCAGCCGCUGAACAACAUCCCCACAGCAUGAUGCUGCCACCACCAUGCUUCACCGUAGGGUUGGUGCCAGGUUUCCUCCAGACGUGAUGCUUGGCAUUCAGGCCAAAGAGUUCAAUCUUAGUUUAAUCAGACCAGAGAGUAGCGCACCGGUUUAAGGCACUGCAUGCAUCACAGUGCUAGAGGCGUCCCUACUGAACCUGGUUCGAUCCUGGGCUGUGAUUGGGAGUCCCAUGGGGCGGCGCGCAAUUGACCCAGCGUCGUCUGGGUUAGGGUUAGGCUGUCAUUGUAAAUAAGAAUUUGUUCUUAACUGACUUGUAUAGUUAAAUAAAGGUUACAUUUAACUUUUUGUUUUUAAAUGGUCUAAGUCUUUAGAUGCCUUUUGGCAAACUCCAAGCGGGCUGUCAUGUGCCUUUUACUGAGGAGUGGCUUCCGUCUGGCCACUCUACCAGACCUGAUUGGUGGAGUGCUGCAGAGAUGGUUGUCCUUCUGGAAGGUUCUCCCAUCUCCACAGAGGAACUCUGGAGCUCUGUCAGAGUGACAAUCAGGUUCUUGGUCACCUCCCUGACCAAGGCCCUUCUCUCCCGAUUGCUCAGUUUUUCCGGGCGGCCAGCUCUAGGAAGAGUUUUGGUGGUUCCAAACUUCUUCCAUUUAAGAAUGAUGGAGACCACUGUUCUUUGGGACCUUCAAUGAUGCAUAAAUGUUUUGGUGCCCUUAGCCAGAUCUGUGCCUCGACACAAUCCUGUUUCGGAGCUCUACGGACAAUUCUUUUCAACCUCAUGGCUUGGUUUUUGCUCUGAUAUGCACUGCUAACUGUGGGACCUUAUAUAGACAGGUGUGUGCCUGUCAUGUCCAAUCAAUUUAAUUUAUCACAGGUGGACUCUAAUCAAGUUGUAAAAACAUCAAGGAUGACCAAUGGAAACAGGAUGAACUUGAGCUCAAUUUCGAGUCUCAUAGCAAAGGGUUUGAAUACUUACGUAAAUAAGGUAUUUCUGUUGUUUUUUUAUUAUAAAUGUACCAUUGUUUCUAACAACCUAUUUUCGCUUUGUCAUUAUGGGGUACUGUGUGUAGAUUUGAGGAAGAUUUUUUAAACGUAAUCCAUUUUAGAAUAAGGCUGUAACGUAACAAAAUGUGGAAAAAGUCAAGGGGUCUGAAUACUUACGGCCAGCUCUGUCAUUUGUACAUUUCUUUAUUAAAAAUGUAGUUAUUUGUUACAUUUGACUUUGUAAAACCUAGCAGUACUACUUAUUUCUCUCGAGAGUGAGGCGGAUAUAUAUAUAGCAUUUAGAAACAAAACUUGAUUAUUUGUCUCUGAAAUGAAACCGUCAAGGGAUAGAUUUUAAACAAAUAGAUGUCUGUCAUUGAACAACCCCAUGCCAUGAAUAGAUAGUGAAAAAAACACACCAAUCUCUUUUAUAAUUUCUUUAAACAGUAAUUGACCAACAUUUCUGAAAAUGCAUAUAUACUGUAGCAUUUUGGAAUGAAUCUUUUCAGUUAUAAAUGAGAACUUACACAUAGUGUGUGUGUGUAUGUUUGCAUGUUUAGUGACGCUGGGAGAGACUCUGUUUCUGAUCUCUCCCCACUGUAUAUCUAAGACUCAUUCAUGUCAGAACGUUAUCAGUUGUAAAUCUUCCCAAACCAAGUUGUCUAUAUUCUUGGUUUGAUCAGUCACUUCAAUUAUUUAUUUGUUUUAAUUAUUAUUGUUUUAUUUAUAAUUUUUUACAAAUGUUUAGUGAAAACACUGCACUGUAUUGUAUCAUACAUUUCAAGUGUGUAUUUAUUGUGUUUAAUUUGUAAUAAGUCUUUGGAAGAAACUUUAUUUAAAAAAGCU